GGGUUCUUGAUCUCAGGCUGUCCAGUGGUGAUUCCUGAUUCCCACCUUUCUGAUCAUAUAAGAUACUCUUCUGACUCUCUUCCCAGCUGCACCGCUGAGGUGCAAGUUAAAUCACAUCAGGAAACCUGAUGAAGAAGGAGGCUCUUCACCAACUGGGCAUCACCACGCCACUGCUGAUGUCAUAGGAUGCAGCUGACACUAUGGGCAGUCCCAAGGAUUGCUUUGAAGAUGCUGGGGAAUUCUCUGGAUAAAGAUCUAUGCUGCGUCUGUCAGCUGGAAGACCCAGAGGAAGGCCAAGGCUCAGGUGCCCACAUGAUCAGCACCGCCAGUGUACCUGCUGAUCAGCCAGUGCGCAUCGCCUUCAGCCUCGAUCAUGCAUCAGAUGAUACACCUCCUGAAGACGACACUCCUUUGGUCUUUCCAGAGUUAGACCAGCAGCUCCAGCCUCUGCCACCUUGUCAUGACUCCAUGGAAUCCAUGCAGGUGUUCAAACAGCACUGCCAAAUAGCAGAAGAAUACCGGGAGGUUAAAAAGGAAAUCGCCCUGCUUGAGGAAAGAAAAAAGGAGCUCAUUGCCAAGCUGGAUCAGGCGGAAAAGGAGAAGCUGGAUGCCGCUCAGCUGGCGCGGGAAUUCGAGGCUCUGACGGAGGAGAAUCGGACGUUGAAGCUGGCCCAGUCCCAAUGCGUAGAACAACUGGAGAAGCUUAGAAUACAGUAUCAGAAGAGACAGGGCUCGUCCUAACUUGAAGUUAUUCAAUGUGAGCCUAAGAGGUUGGCGACUGCUGUGCGCUGGCCGAAAGAUUUUUAUUUUAAAGGGAUAGUGAGUAAAAUCUAUUGCUUCCCCUCAUUAUCCACACGGCAAACGUCUAUACUAAUGAGUUUAAUGCUUGCCAGAUCUAGUUUGAGAGAAGGGAUCUUGUAUUUUAAAUCAGAUAGUUGAAGGGAACCUAUUAUCAGUACAAAUUUUCAGAGAUCUUAAUUUGUUUCUAAAGAUAUUUUUUUUUCUUAUUUAGCAAGAUACGAUCAUGCUGUACAUCAGGGUAGAAAAUGAUAGAAAUAGAGUAUUGACUUAUUCACGAACUAAGAGUCAUGGACAGAAUUAAGCCAUGAAACACACUAGUAAGAUGCUCACUGUUGUUUCACAUCUGCGUGUUUUUAAAUUUCACGCUGUUCACAUUUCAACGGUGCUCCAAUCUGAACCGUCAGAAACUUCUCUGCAUAUAUUUAUGUUCAGUAGAGUUAGGUUUCAUCCCUCAGUGAUUGGUUGUACUAAGAAUAAAUGGUUGCAUAUCAUAAAAGCUUUCUCAUGAAAAUAUUAGCAGAAAGCAUGUUUGUGCCAAAAGCACGUUUGCCAGUGCUAACUUGCUGUUGUAAUAAAAAAUUGAUAAGGUUGCAUUUUCUUUACGCCACGUUACCUCCUGGUAAACAUCACUGCCUUUGCUUGUGUGUGUUCUGGGGGAAAUAGAACAGUAUUGUUUGGACAUUACUUUGGUGAGUUCCCAUGAAAACAUCGGUAAAAUUCUAACUAUCACUCUGUUUUGAAUUUAAGAAGAUGUUUUGGCUCAUUGAUAACUAAUAAGAACAUAUAAGUAAAUUCAGGAUUAAAAUUAUUUUUUCCUUGUUCUAUCUAUCACCAUAUUGUCUCAAAUUGAUCUCUUUGUUUUAUGUCCAUUUCUAUUCCUGUAAUUUCU